GCUUUUUUAUUUAGAAAAUAAAAAGUAUUCGCAUUUAGAGUGAGCUGACUAAUUCAGACUUUUUAUUUGCAAUUACUUGGAAUACUGAGACCAUGUCUAAACGCUCGCACUCUACCGCCGACUUUGACGGCGAUGCUGGCGAGCUCUACGACGAAGAGAGAAGCAGCGGCACGCGCCAGGGAAGCGCGCAGGUGACUGAGCGGGACGGAUAUAGUGGAUCUGCGAGCCCCCAGGGGUAUGAGAACUACGACGACGAGGGUGGAGAGCAAGAGGGCUACGGCAGCAACGAUUACGGUGAGGACGACUACACCAGCGAUGGCAGCGAUGUGAACGACGGACCCAAGAUUGACGACGAGGAGCAGGCCAAGCUCGACUUUUCGUCGGGGCUCUUGCCCAAGGGCGCGAUGAAGGGCACCGGGGCAGCCAACAACGAUGACGAGUACGACGUGCUGAGCAUGCCGCGCCGCGACCCGGCCACUGGGCUGUUCGGGGCUGGCGACUACAGCUACCUCAGCCUCAAGCCUGACCACGAGUCUCGGCCGCUGUGGAUUUGCCCCAGCACCAGUCACAUCAUCCUCGAGGCGUUUUCGCCCAUCGCCGAGCAGGCCAUCGACUUUCUCAUUGCCAUCAGUGAGCCCGUCUCGCGCCCAACGUUCAUCCACGAGUACAAGCUCACAUCGUAUUCGCUGUAUGCUGCCGUGUCGGUCGGUCUGGACACCAAUGACAUUAUCGAGGUUCUCAACCGCCUGUCCAAGGUACCCGUGCCGCAGGACGUCAUGGACUUUAUCAAGAUGUCCACGCGCUCGUAUGGCAAGGUGAAACUGGUGCUCAAGCACAACCGCUACUUUGUCGAGUCCGCCCACCCAGAGAUCCUACAGCACCUGCUGCGCGACCCAACCAUCAUGAAGGCGCGCGUGUUUCCAGACCAGGACUCGGAGGGCGCGGUGUCCAAAGACGGCAUCAUUACGCAAAAGAGCUCGCAGCUGGGCGAUUUGAACGUGGGCGGCCUGCCAAAGCCCGAUGCCGCCGCCCAGGAGAAGCAGAAGCAAAUGGCCGAUAGCGCCGCCGAGAAGAGCGUGGCUGAGGGUGACGUGGACUUUAGCGCCAUUGUCAGCCUGGACAAGGACGACGCAGAUGACGACGACGUGGGCAACACCGUUCAUGCGUUCCAGAUUGACAGCGCAAGUGUCGAGUCAGUCAGGAAGAGAUGCAACGUCAUCGACUACCCGGUGCUGGAAGAAUACGACUUCCGCAACGACACUAUCAACCCCAACCUCGACAUCGAUCUCAAGCCUGCCACGACGAUUCGCCCAUACCAGGAAAAGAGCUUGAGCAAAAUGUUCGGCAACGGGCGUGCGCGCUCGGGCAUUAUUGUGCUGCCCUGUGGCGCUGGAAAAACGCUGGUCGGCAUCACGGCGGCGUGCACGAUCAAGAAGAGCAUCCUAUGCCUGUGCACGUCGACAGUGUCGGUUAUGCAGUGGAAGCAACAGUUCAUGCAGUGGUCGACGAUCAAGGAGGAGCAGAUCGCCGUGUUCACCUCGGAAGAGAAGGAGCGCUUUAAGGGCGACGCGGGCCUGGUCAUCUCCACGUUCUCGAUGGUCGCCAACGAGCGCAAGCGGUCCUACGAGACGCAGAAAAUGAUGGAUUUUUUGACCGGACAGGAGUGGGGCAUGCUGCUGCUCGACGAGGUGCAUGUCGUGCCCGCAAACAUGUUCCGCAAGGUGGUCGGCAAAAUCGCGACGCACUGCAAGCUCGGCCUGACUGCGACGCUUGUCCGCGAGGAUGACAAGAUUGACGACCUCAACUUUUUGAUUGGGCCCAAGCUGUACGAAGCCAACUGGAUGGACCUGGCCAACAAGGGCCACAUUGCCAAGGUCAAGUGCGCUGAGGUGUGGUGCAAUAUGACGCCCGAGUUCUAUAAAGCAUACUUGGAAGAGACCCCGCGCCGGAAGCUGCUGUACUACGUGAUGAACCCCAACAAGUUCCGCGCCUGCCAGUACCUCAUCAAGUUCCACCAGAGCCGCGGCGACAAGAUCAUCGUGUUCAUCGACAACGUGUUUGCCCUGCACUGCUACGCCAAGACAAUGAGUCUGCCCUACAUUUGCGGCAGCACUUCGCAGCGCGAGCGCAUGCGCAUUCUCGACAACUUCCAGCGCAACCCCGCGCUCAGCACCAUCUUCCUGUCCAAGGUCGGCGACACGUCGAUCGAUCUUCCCGAGGCCACGUGCCUGAUCCAGGUCUCGUCCCACUACGGGUCGCGCCGCCAAGAGGCGCAGCGGCUCGGGCGCAUUCUGCGCGCCAAGCGACGCAACGACGAGGGAUUCAACGCGUUCUUCUACUCGCUUGUCAGCAAGAACACAAAGGAGAUGUACUACUCGACCAAGCGCCAGCAGUUUCUGAUCGACCAGGGCUACUCGUUCAAGGUGAUCACCCACCUGGAGGGCAUGGAGGAAUGCCCGGACCUGGUCUACGGUGAUGUCGAGAGCCAGAAGAGCCUGCUUCAUUCGGUCAAGAUGGCCGGCGACGCGGCCUACGACGUUGAGGGGCUCCCAGCCGAUCUCGAUGUCAACGGCAACGCCGGGCGGCGGAAAGAGAACGGCGGCGUGCGCCGUGCAAAGGGCACCCUCAGGAGCAUGUCGGGCGCUGACAACAUGGCGUACAUGGAGUCUGGCGGCCGGCGCGCGGCGAACACGGAGCCCGUCGCCCGCCACAAGCUGUUUAAGCGCCAGUUCGACGGCAGGAAAUGAUUUUAUAAUUAUAAAAAAUAACUGUUUAUAUUAUUCAAAUAUAU